AGCAGCGGACGCGGUGCGGCGCGCAGCAUGGAGACUCUGGCGCUGUUAGCGGCAAACGCGCCGAGCGGCAACGGCUCAGAGGUGGAGGCUCACCGGCGGAUGGAGCUGCAAGUGUCCGCCUCUGCCACUCCGACGGUGGCGAUGGCGACCAAAGCCCCGCACCCCUUCCCCACUGUGGACGUCCCCGACCACGCCCACUACACCAUCGGAUCCGUCAUCCUCGUCAUCGGCAUCACCGGCAUGAUCGGUAACUUCCUCGUCAUCUACGCCUUCAGCAGGAGUCGUAGUCUGAGAACCCCGGCUAACAUGUUCAUCAUUAACCUGGCGAUCACAGACCUGCUCAUGUGCUGCACACAGACGCCAGUCUUCUUCACCACCAGUAUGCACAAGAGGUGGAUCUUUGGAGAGAAAGGCUGCGAGAUAUACGCGUUCUGUGGCGCCCUCUUUGGGAUCUGCUCCAUGAUCACGCUGACGGUGAUCGCCAUCGACCGCUACUUUGUCAUCACGCGACCUUUGACCUCCAUCGGCGUGCUGUCAAAGAAGCGGGCGUUUCUCGUCCUCGUGGCGGCCUGGCUGUACUCGCUGGGCUGGAGUCUGCCGCCGUUCUUUGGCUGGAGUGCUUACGUCCCCGAGGGUCUGCUGACUUCCUGUUCGUGGGACUACAUGACGUUCACGCCGUCGGUGCGAGCGUACACCAUGUUGCUCUUCAUCUUCGUCUUCUUCCUGCCGCUCUUCAUCAUCAUCUACUGCUACUUCUUCAUCUUCCGUGCCAUCCGCACCACCAACCAGGCCGUGGGGAAGAUCAGCGGCAGCAUGCACAGUCACAGCAGCAGUCGUGACUCUGUGAAGAGUUAUCACCGUGUGCAGAACGAGUGGAAGAUGGCGAAGAUCGCCCUGAUCGUCAUCCUGCUCUACGUCUUCUCCUGGUCGCCGUAUUCCACCGUCGCCCUCACGGCCUUCGCCGGCUACGCUGACAUGUUGACGCCGUACAUGAACUCUGUUCCUGCUGUCAUCGCCAAAGCCUCAGCCAUUCACAACCCCAUCAUCUACGCCAUCACACACCCGAAGUACAGGGUGGCUCUGGCUAAGUACAUCCCGUGUCUCGGCGUGCUGCUCUGCGUUCACCCUCGCGACCUCCGCUCCACGAGCAGCAGCUUCGUGUCGACGCGUCGCUCCACUCUGACCAGUCAGUCGUCCGACAGCCAGUUCAGACGCCAGAACACCGGCAAGUCCCGCCUCUCCUCCGCCUCCGACAGCGAAUCGGGACUGACCGACACUGAGGCUGAACUGUCCAGUCUGGGCUCCAGACCGGCCAGUCGUCAGGUGUCCUGUGACAUCAGCAGAGAUACUGCAGAACUGUCCAACCACAAACCCUCGUCCAGCUUCAAGUCCAAGAUGAAGAACAACGACUCGGGCAUUUUUGAAAAGAUGUCCUCUGACACGGAUUACACCGCGACAGGAGUCAGUGACCGCAGCAGCCUCCAUAAUGGCGGAGACUACACAGACGGACACAUGGCGAGGAGCACGAUUGGUCGAAUCCCGAGCAUCGUCGUCACCACCGAGACCAGCCCCUUUCUUCCCAUUGGACGAAAUGGUUCACGCACCCCGCGCAGCAAAACAGGCAACAACAACAACAACAACAACAACAACAAUAAAAUUCAAAUACAUGGUGGCGGGUCUGUGUGGGUAGACAGACUCUAGCAGCCAAUAACAUGCAUCUUCCUGGUCAGCUGACGUCCUGUCAGAUACUUAGAGACGUAGAAUUUAGAGACAAAUUGUCUUUACACAUCGUAGGAUUAGAAACAGCACAAACAUUCAGGUUUUAACAAUGAAAUAAUUCACUUAUUAUCACAAAAACACCAACAUUACACGUUUUUUUUGGUGGUGUGUGGUUUCAUGAGUCACUGACUGUGCUGUGAGCGCCCCCUACUGCUGAGUAUCCGCUCAGGUCUAUGAUAUCUUAAGUUCACGUCUUUGUCUCACUGUUACACAGACUUUUCCUACAGGAAACUGAAGUUUGUGAAGCACUCACUCUCCCACACCAAAGCCCAUAGAGAAAAUCAGUGAUUUUAACAUCACACACACAGGAGUUGUUGAUCCAAGUUCAAAUGUCUUAUUUUGUGGCUUUCGAAACUCUUUGUUCAGAUUAACUUCAGUGACACAAAGUGACCACACGAGGCAGCAGUAGACCAGCCGCUCCUGUGUCCUCGCGAGCUAAAAUCACUGAUUUUCUCUAUGGGCUUUGGUGUGGGAGAGAAACUUCAAAGACGCGAACAUAUCCUUAAAAUAUCGUAGACUUAAACUGGCGUAGAUUUUAUUAUGUUAAGUAGCUAAAAGUAGUCUUUCCUUUUGUCAUUUGACUCCAGCUGUUGGUUGCACUUUAUUAUGAAGUUACUCAGUUAGCUAUAGCAUUAGCCUCAGGUGAGAAUUCAUGUUUUGUGAUUUUUUUGUUCAAGUAACAUAAGACAGAAAUAUGUUUGAGUGCUAAUCGACCGCGUUAAAGUCCCAGUGUGUAAGAAUUAGUGACAUCUAAUGGUGAGACUGCAGACUGCAACAAACUUAAAAACUCCUUUUUCUAAGCUAAUCUGGGAACUACAGUGGCCUUCACAGGCCAGAAAGGAUGUUGUCGUCAACAAGUUGUUUAUCAGCUGACGAGGUUUCCAUAGAUACAGAUGUUUUAGUUGUUGUUUUGUUGUUUGUUUUUUUUAGUUUGCCCUUUCAGACUCCAGAGGGGUAUUCCAGAAAGCGGGUUAUGUGAGAACUCUGAGUUUGUUAACCCUGAGAUGAGGGAAACUCUGAGUUAUCCGUUCCAGAAAGAGAG